GGCCUGGCCGCGCCGCGGGGGAAACUGAGGCAGGCCCGGGUCGCCCACGCGCACUCGCGCAGAGGCGGCCCAGAGGCCCCCACAGAGCCUCUGAAGCCCACGGACACACCGUCUUAUUUCCCUGGCCCGCAUCUGAAAGAACUCCACCCGUUCCAGUCCCGCAGGGCCAGAGCGUUCGUUUUAUGGAUACGCAAAUCCCACUGGCUUGAAGAAGGCAAAUGAUGAGUGCAAACCACCAAGAUUUCCAUCCAGAGACCACAGUUUAUCAUCUGACUACGGAUUCAAGAUCGCUAGACUUCUUUGGGGGACAUUGAAGCUACUGUGCUAUUCUAAAGGGGCGAAGGCUGACCCUGUGGAUUCCACGUAUUCUGUCCCAAAGGAGCUUGGCACUUCUGGAAUUCUUUAGGGACCAUAGUGACUCCAGGAAGCAAGAUGGAAAUCUGUUGGUUUCGCCCGCUACAAGCCUGGUACUGUGAAACUUUUGCAUGCCAGUGUGUGGGACCGGCUAGGGCACAUGCCGGGCUGUGAUAUAGUGUCUAAGGACAGUGCCUUGUGUCCCUGCUCCCCAAGCCACUUGGCCCUCACUCUGCAGCUCCCAUUCCUUAGUGGACUUAAGGUCAUCAAGCCAAUGCGCUGGAAAUAGUACCUCAACGACGUUGAUCUAGGCUAUUUGCCUGAGAAGGGGUCCUUGAUUUAGCCAGAGUCUUUCUUUGCUGAGGACCCAACCCACCGGUUGAUUUCUGCUACUGCCUCACAUUGCAGGCUCUCUGUGUUUUCUGGGCGGCCCACCUGCUGUCCCUCCUUGCCCUGUCCUGCCUACCUACCUCCCCCACCGCUGUGUGCCACCGGCCCACGCCCGCAGCGCACCCGCAGCCUGGCUCUGCAUGUGGCUGGCCUGUCCCAGCUGGGCUCCCAGAACAGCAGGGACAGCAGGCUGCUGCCAACCAGCCCUGGGCCUGGUCACUGAACACGCCAGGUCUGAGCCUUCGAGGGGGAGCGACUGCUGCCACUGACAAAGAGAAAUACAGAGGGGACCAGAGGGACCAGACACAAAAACAUUGUGGCAUUAUCUGGGAAAUGAUACUGCAAGAACCAACGAGAAGGAAGCACAGGAAGCCGAGACCAGAGGUGUCCUUGCGUGGGAGGAUUGAACACUUUUUCCCUGACAUGCAUUUUUUAAUAUUUUCCAAAUUGUCUACACUGAGCAUACAUUGUUUUCAGGAUCAGAAAAGGACUAAGUUACUGACGUGCCUAUGUCCUGUGGGAUAGAUACAGAUACGGUUCCCAUAAGAAUGCAGUUACUUAUUGUUACUGCUGAGGAGUUAGCGAGAAACUGCACCAUCCAUCCUCAUAUGCUGCCAGGAAAGUUACUGGGGCGAUUCCGGUGCCUCCCAUGUCCCUAGCACUUCGCCCUGUGGAACAGCACUUGGAAACAGAAAAUGAAACCGGGCAGUGUUGCCAGGCAAACACUGGCUGCGGUUGUGUUCUCCGCUGCAGCCCUCAGCCGAGGUGGGCGAGGCUGGGCACUGUUCUCCCUCUAAGCUGAGGAAGCUGAGGUUUGGAGCAGGACAGGCACCUCGGCUUGUUGACGCUCCGGGUCUCCUGCGUCCCUACAGCAGCUUCCAGGCCGUUUUCCCUGGGGAUCCAAUAUGCUUCCUGUUGUUCCCGAGGUUGUCCCCAGUACGAACAGCGGUACCCGCAGCCAGGGAGGGAUGGCGAUCAGCAGAGAGGCUGCUGGGUGUGCCUUGACAUAAUGCAUUUGCACGGGUCCCCUCAUCCCAGGAGGGGCACACUGCAGCUGGGGCUUGCGCAGGGAGGUGGCCCUGUGGAGGGCGACAGUAUCUCAGCCAGGUGGGGAUUCUUCUGCACAAUGACCUGAGAGGCAAAUGCCUCCUUGGAAGGAAAAAUGUGCCCAGGAGGAGGGGGACUCAGCUCGCAUCUAGGGGCCGCACUCUCCCCUGGAGGCCACUUGCUGCUGGGUACACCCUGUUUCUUACCCCCGGGGUUAACAGUGGGCCGUUUCCAACCCCUGCAGAACAGCCUUAGGGACCAAUCUGCAAACCGAAUUUUUUUUAAAUCCUAAAUAUCUUUCUUUAAAACUGGGCUAAAAGGCGAACCAGCACACUGCUUUCUACUCUAAAAGGCAAUUUCUAAAUUUGGAUUAAAAAAAAUAUACUCCAGCAUGAAAAUCCAAUGGCUCUCAGAAUGCAAGUGAGAUAUACCACACUUUGUGCUAAACCCAUCCUCACUGGCUUAAAAUAAAUCAGAACAAAAUGCUGUGUGCCGAGCACGUCUUCCAUCGCCUCCUUUCUGGAGGGAGAGUGAGGCAAGCUGCCUGCCACACCCAGACCCAGCCCCGGUCUGUCCGUCCCUGGAGCUGCCCGGCCUGGAUUCGGGUGCCCCCAGAUGGGAACCCUGAGGCCCCAGUGUCCUAUGGGACCUAACAGACCAAGGCUUUUUCCAUGCCAGAGACAGCCUGAGCACCAGGCAGGGAUUAAAUUAUAAAGUCAAUAAUUGCAGAAAACAAUCAACAGGUAAGAGGACUAAAUUGGACACAUUUAUUUCCUCCAAGGAGAACGUCUGGCACUUGUGAUUUUUCAGCUCUAAGUAGAUGGGCACAUUUUCAAAAGACCUCUUAUUCUACUUCCCCCUCUUCACAUAGGCAAAAUAUUCCUGCUUUCUAAAAUAAAAACACAUGCCACUUUAACUUAGCAGAGAAAAGCCAAGCUGCAGAAUCUUUGCAGAGAUAAUUUUUGUAUUAAAAAUGAGAAAAAGACUGCUAUCUGGGUUUUAUACCUACUGGGGGGAGCAUCGUCUCUGAGUGUCAAUAAUUUAACUGUCAACUCACAACAAAACGCUAAUCCUGUCUCGGAGGCUCUAGACUGGCAGCCUAGAAGGAGAGAUUUUAAUUGUAAUUACUAAAGAGCAAACGCUGAGGUUAAUAGCAAAUGUUGCUUUCAGGGAUUCUCCAGACAGGGCUGGGUCAUAACUAAUUUAUUUUUAUCUUAUCCAUCUAUCUAUGCACCGGAUUAAAAUAUUUAUAUCAGUCUGUUCGCUUUAAGACACGCAGUCAUAGGCACCAGCUUCAGGGCCACUCCUUCAUCUUUCGCAGUUUUAGCAUUUCAUUGUUUGCAGAAAUGCUGCCUUAGACCAGUGCGCACUUUCCAAUGCUGGUGAGCCCUCUAAGCAGGGGGGUGGCCCACUGUGCCCUCUGACCGGGGAAACCUCUGCCCACGCUGUGUGACACCGCCUGGCCCCGGUGACAGCAACAGAGCCCUGCCGAAGCUACCUCCUGGGAGAGGCUGGUGAAGUCACGCAGGCCUGAGCCUGGCUCCCACGAGGGCGGUGGUCGGAGACCAGAGCCUGGUAAGAAUGUGCCUGCCGGGUGGCAGGUAGGCAGCAGGCAGCAGGGGGUUAAUCCAGGGAGCGGGGUGGGGUGCGCACAAACCCCACAGGCAGGGAUGGGAUGGAACACAGGCAAGCGAACGGGGGCUGCAGGGCCCAGCCCGACAGGCGCAGACACAGGGGGCUCUGUCUGCCUGCCCGCUGCCCUGGCACUGUGACUAACCGCCCCACUAUUGUGAGCCUGAAGCCAGCCCUUUGUAUGGUCCCCUGGCGUCUGGGACACAGGCGAAGAGCCCUCUCCAGCAGUCCCCCCUCUCGCUGAGAUCCACAGCCCAACACCCAUCCUGCUGGCUCCAGGGCUGCCGGGCUGGGGGCCUGGCGGGCCGUACAAGAGUCCUUUCCGUGGCCAAAAAGGCCAGCAGCAAAAGAAAGAAAGAAAAGAAAGCAAAGCAAAAAAACAGAGUCUCCCAACUUAGGGGGUUGGGGGGAGCGGCAGCAGUCCAGGGACCUGCUAAACCUGCACUGCCCAGGCUGGCGCUGUGUGUCCCAGGAGAAUCUGCACUGAGACUCUCGGGGUUUGAGGACUCAGUGUGCACAAGCAGUGGCGGAGAUCUUGGUGAUUUCGCCUGCGCUGCACACGGGAGUGACGCUCUUUGGGGUACGCGUGUAUCACAGCAGAGGAACUUCACUACUGCAGUGAUUCUCACCUCCUUAUUUUUGUUUUUUGAAAAUGUGACCGCUGGGACACUCGCGGUUUCAGAGGUGGCCGUGUCUGGCUGGCCCGUUGUUCCUGCCAGCUAUGGCGGGGCUGUGCUGUGGGUACACGGCCGUGCCUGGGCCUCGAGGUCCCCCGCUCACAGGGAGACAAUGGGCUGCCACCCAGUGACACUGUGCCAUGAGCCAGCCCUGCAUUUGCCUGUGUGGGGAAUUAGGACUUGUACACGUGUGUCCGGAAGCCACAGCAAAAUGCACACGCAUGUACACCAGCGUGGCCUGCACACACAAAUCCAAUACGUGACCACCGGCCCCGGCUCCCCUCCACGACAGGCAGAGCCCCCCAGCCAGCCAGCUUCCAAAAGCCAGAGUCACAGAGGCCCUGGCAGCCCCAGAGGUCCCCGGAGCCAGACCUCUGAGCCGGGCUCCGGCACACACAGGACCAGCCCAGGGCCCAAUCUGUUUUUGAGGGACCAGGGCUUUUUUUGUCUUCCCAGGGCCUUUCCUCCAUAAAUAUGAGAAAUGAUAAUUUAUGAUUGUAUUGGAUUAGAGACCAAUAUAACCUAGGCUGAAUUCAUGACUAUAGAUCCACUAUUUUUAUAGUCAUUUUUCUUUCUGAUUAUAGAGGAAAUUAACUUUGAGACAUCCUGUGGGGCCUCAGUGCUGUGCUUGGUGGCACAGGACCUGGGCACAGUCCCGGGUUCCUGCACCCCCAGCUGCGGCAGCGUCCUCUCCGCGUGUGGGCUAGCCUGCCCCUGGCACAGCCCAGGCUGCCCUCCUCACUUCGAACUUGCUCCUUAAGCCUCGCCCUGAGUACCGUACAGUGCCCGGGCCUCCCGCCCAGGCACCUGGGAGUAAGUACCCUGCUUUAUUUUUAAAACGCAAAAAUCGGUCAUGAGAAAGGCCCAGGAGGCUGCAGUGAACAGAGGCUCCCCCAGCACCCUGUCCCCAUGCCCCCAAGUGGGGCCUGGCCACCUUCAACCCCGGGCAGCCCAGCAAGCAGGCGCGAUAACAUGGCAGCGACUGGCACCGCGCCACAGCCCAUGACGCACUGCGCCUGCGCGGGCACUGGGCGCGGUGACCCCCUCCACGCACUCCUGCUUGGGGGGCUACAGGCCCAGGACUGUGGCUGGGGCUGCACAGGGGGCCUAGAUUUGCAGCGCCGCCCAGACCAGGCUGGUCUCCUCCCGCCGUCUGCUUCCCGCGUGCCACCCCCGGGCCUGGGCCCAACCCCGCUCGGGAAGGUGCAGGAGAUGGUUAAAAUUCUGCAUCCUCUUGCAUCCGCCUCCGGAGGAAGCUCUGCUUUUUUUUUUUCCCCAAGCAGGAGGAGGAGGGGGGAAGCUGAGAGCAGCAAUUUGCAGGCCUUGGGAUGUUUUUCUCCUUGACAGCCCCAGCCCCGCCUGCCUCGCCUGCCCCUUUCUUCCCCGCGCUGUGCGGUGCGGUGCUGCGCCGGCGCUGGCCCUGCCUCGGCUCCGCCGCUGCCGCUGGGCUCGGGCCGGCCCCAUGCACGCGCGUCUCCCGCGGAGCCCAGGCCAGGCCCCGCGGCUGGGAGGCGGCGGCACUGCCUGUGCUGGCCGCCUGGCACUGCCCUCCUUUGUGCCUUCCUCCUCCGCCAGCCUGCUCUCCCUCGAGGCCUGCUCAGCCCGGCCGCACCACCUGCUGCCCGCCGAUUGCCCACCCUGUGCCCACCAGGGGCGUCCUCACCUUCUGGGCCCCUGGUCCCUGGCCUCGGGUCCUGCUCGUGCCCAGGGCGCCCGGCCACGUCCUCUGCGCCUCUGCUGCUCCCCACCCCACUGCCUGCGCUCGGCGGCGAGCCUGGCACCGUGCCAGGCUGCCUGGGAGCCCAGCCCGGGCAGGGCGAACUUUCCGGCGAGGGUGUGCAUGGGGGGAUUCGGGGGCGAGGCUGGUGCCAGGGAAGGGAGUGGGCCCCAGGUGCCCGGCGGCUGCCCCCCAGCCUCUGGGCCGUCUCCUGAGCCCCAUAAAGGCGCAGACAACGCAAGCGGUUUAGUCAAAACAGUCAUGUGCAGGAGCCCGCAAACAAACAAAAGCCCUUAUUUAUUUAUUUAGUUCACACACCCAGAUAAGGAGGCGCCUUUUGUGCACAUAAUUUCACACACAUCAGAAAGGAAACGAUGCCACGAUGCGCCCUGGAGCCCAAGAGCCCCGGACAGCCCGCCUGGCCUCAUGAAUAAUUGCGUCGCCUCAGCCUGGGCAUUUCCAUAUUUAAAUUGGGCAGCAGCAUAUGAUUAAUUAAGAAGAAAAAAGGCAAAAAGGAAGAAAAGCAUGGGGGUGGGGAGCCGGACACUGUGGCCAGCGCGGCGUGCCAAGGUGCCCGCUUCGCUUAACUCCUCCCAUGCCAGGCUCAAGCAGGGGUGCCGCUGUGGCGGGCUCGGAGGGCACGCUGGCAGUGGCUCUGGCAGAGUCUGCCUGCGAUGCCCGCCUUGGCCACCUUCCUGCGUCACAGGCCCUUCCAGCUCCAAACACCGGUGUUGGAAGUUUCUUUUCUGUCCCUAUUCGGAGCACCUUAGGCUCAGGCCAAGCAGACGCUGGGCCCCAAGGGUCCCCAAGGGGACAUCUGCAGCGGAGACAGCCAUGCCGGUUGCUACACUGCACACUUCCACUCCACUCACACAAGGCCCGCCUCCCAAAGGUGGUCCCAAAGCCCUCUGGAGAGAACCCAGGGCCAAGUGGCACCCAGGACAGGCUAUACCAUGGGUGUACAGAUUUGGGGUCCAGCGUCACCACAGUUUAGCCCUGCGCUUACUAACUGUGUGGGCUUAGGCGAGUUACCUAGUUUCUCUGGGCCUCAGUCUGCCUGCCUGUGAAAUGGGAAGGACCCGAAUGCAUGCUCUCCUUGUGCUGAGCUAGGAGGGCCCUCUGACAGGAAGUGCCUCAGCCAGAGACCAUGUCCAGCUUGGGCCAGAGCAUGGGGCAAGUUGCUGGGAAAUCGGCCCAAAUCCAUUGAGUGAACAGAGCUGAGCGGAAGGGAGGGCUUUGGAGCCUCUCAGGGGCCCCCUAACAUUACUAUCACCCCCAUCCUACAAGUGGGGAGAUGUGGGCAACAUGCCAAAGCUCCCGAAGAACAGUGGCCUAGGAUUUGAACUCAGAACAGCCCAUGUGGGCCCUGCUAGGUGUUGGAGAGAGUCUUCUCCAACCAUAGCACCCCGGCCUUGUUUCAGGUCACCCCACACUUUCAGGUCACUCCACAGAGCCCCACAGGGCAGGCAGAGGAAGGUGGGUUCUCCAGGUAGCUGUGUGUCCUUGGGAAAUGAAUCUACCUCCUCUGUUCCCCAGCUCUCUGGCCUAAAGUGUGGCCCUUAGCUUCCUGUCACUGCAGGCAGAUGCUCGUACCACAGGGCCCUUCCAUGACCAUCGCCCAGCCCUCUGCCCAGGGCACAGUCCCAGGCACACGGGCCUGUCCCUGCAGGAAGCUGCUCUGCCAGCACCAGCUGCAGCCCUCAGCUUCCUCACCUGCAAGAUGAGGGAAGGAGCGUUUGUGUCCGCAGGGUCCGGGGAGGGUGACAGUGGUGGCCCUCUGUGCUCAGGUGCUUCUACCACCUGGGAAGUGCAUCACACACAGGGAAGAAGGCGUGUGCACGAGGAUUGGUGGCCUCAGUUUCCCCGACCUUUCCAGGUGUGACCAAAUGCAAGCUCCGGACUCAAAGCAGGAGGCUGAGCAGGAGCAGGAGGGGGGUGGCGUCUCUUCUGUCCUCAUCCUCAGGGAAAGGUCAGGUCCCGGGGCCUGGGGGUCACCUUCUUGGGGCAGAGGGGACCGCGUUCCUUUGCGGUCAGAAGGAGCCCUGCAGUGUGACCAAGUCAAAGGCGUGAGCACUGGGAUUAUCCACAUGGCCCAAGGAAUCACAUCGCCCUUCAAACCAGAGAACCAGUUCUAGCUGCGGCCAGAGGCAGGAUGAGGGGACCACGAGCCCAGGGACACAGGAGGCCCCUGACCUGGAGCCUCGGAAGGAACCGGCCCUGCCGACACCUUGGCGUUAGCCCAGCGAGACCAGCUUCAGCCAUAUCAGACUUCAGACCUCCCUGGUUAAAGCACACCAACACCCGAACCUCAGCCUCGCUUAGCAGGCGUGCAGCCCGGGCUCCUCAGCGCCACACUGAAGAAAAUAAUACAGUAAUCUUGCCAGGCGUGGUGGCGCAUGCCUGUAAUCCCAGCACUCGGGAGGCU